AUGUCGUCCCGCCCUUCGAUACCUCUAUCGGAACGACCGCCCAACGCAGUUGCAGGCCCUUCUCGCAUAUCACGCAACUCAACACCUCCAUUGAUCACGGAUGACGAUAUUGCCAUGGCUGAGGCCUUUGACAACGACUUUGAAGAGGAGCUCAUCCCCCCUUCAUCACCUCCCAUCCCUAUAGCCACCCCUCGGCGACAGAAACGUCUCGAUGGCGCCGCUGCUCGGAGACAAGCACUGGCCGAGUUGCAAGAUAUCACCCCAGAUGACCUCUUCUCCUCCCCUCCACGUAAAACACCUAGCAAGGUACCUCGCACCGAAGCCUCCGCCUCUAGACCAGACCUAGGUGGUCCUGGUCCAUCAAGCUCAGCGUCAAAUAUGUCUGUCCAGGCUCCAAAAACAUACAAGAUGGAAGUUCAGCAUCCUUGGAGUAAGGAGGUGGUGUCCAAGCUUCGACAAGUGUUCAAGCUCCCUCGCUUCAGGACUCAUCAAAAAGAAGCUAUAGACGAGACCAUGUCUGGUAAAGAUGUGUUUGUGUUGAUGCCCACCGGAGGUGGCAAGAGUUUGACUUAUCAGCUACCUGCAGUCUGUAACGGUGGCCAAACUCGAGGUAUCACCUUUGUCGUCUCCCCUCUCAUCUCUCUAAUCAGCGAUCAGUCCCGACAUCUAGCCAAGCUUGGCAUCCCAGCCAUUGCCUACACAGGUGAUCUCACCCAAGCGGAUAGGAAUACAGCCCAUGAGCUCAUGUCGGACCCUGAGCCACAUACCAAGGUCGUCUACGUCACACCAGAAAUGCUCGUCAUGGGCGGUCACCUCAAGUCAAUCCUGCGACUGUUGCUCAAACGGAAGCGUCUGGCCAGGUUUGUCAUUGACGAAGCCCAUUGUGUCAGCCAGUGGGGACACGACUUCCGUUCGGAUUAUCUGCGACUGGGAGAGUUGCGGCGUGAUUAUCCUGGCGUGCCAAUCAUGGCUUUGACAGCGACAGCUCAGAAUAAGGUCCAAGAGGAUAUCAUCAGAUCUUUGAGUAUCACGGGAUGUGCCAUUUUGAAACAAUCUUUCAAUCGACCGAACUUGCAUUACGAGGUCCGGCCGAAGAAGAAAAGCGUCAUCAAUGACAUGGUCGCCUUCAUCAAUACGCAGGGGAAGGAUGUGAGCGGAAUUGUGUAUUGUUCGUCAAGAGAAAAGUGCGAGAAUAUUGCAAAGGAGUUGAGGGAUAAUCAUGAUCUCAAAGCGUAUCACUAUCAUGCGGGUAUGUCAAAGAACGAUCGGAGGAAGGUUCAGGAAGGAUGGCAGGAGCACAAGUUUGAGAUCAUCGUCGCCACAACGGCAAUCACUCCAACUGCAUUCUCUGUAUGUCGCAAGCCGAAAGGUCCAGGGUCAAAGAAGCUGACGUUCUCAGACUUCUCCUACGCCGAUUCAAAAACCGUCUUCACAAUGAUUGACCGAGACACCAACCUAACGAGGGAUCAGAAAGAACGCCAACGAGAAUCCAUGCAGCAGGUCUUGCGUUUUUGCAUGAACAAGUCCGACUGCCGGCGCUCGCAAGUGCUGGCCUUUUUCAACGAGACUUUCGACUCUAGCGAGUGUCAUCAAGGAUGUGAUGUUUGUCUCGGAAGAGAUAAUGACCGCUUCACAGUGGAAGACGUCACAGACUCAGCUGUGAAUGUCAUUCGUAUGGUACAGGCGUUUGACCGCGGAGAUAGGAUUACGGUCAAAAUGGCUGUGGAUGCUUUCCGGGGUGUUGGCGGAGGGGGUGGUAAAGGACUGGAUCAGAAUCCUCAUUUUGGCUGUGGAAAGGAUUGGGAAAGGAAUGAAGCGGAAAGGUUGUUGCAGAUGCUUUUGAUAGAAGGUGGAUUGGAUGAAUGGUAUUCCGCCAAUGGGGCGGGUUGGAGUAAUGCGUAUUUGAAGUUGGGGAAACAAUCACAAGCAUAUCUGAACGGACGAAAAACACUCAAAAUGGACUUCCGUUCAAAAUCCCCCGUCAAGAAGAAAGUAGCACCUACCAAACGGAAAUCAGGUCAAGGAAAUCUGUCAACUUACGCUCAUCCAAUGACGAACCCUCUUCAAAAACAAAGGUCGUUGCAGAAAUUACGAGAAGAAGAGCAAGCGUUCGAAAAUUCUCCUUGGGGAGAUUCUGAUGAUGAAUUCAUACCUGAUGAAGGUGAUGAAGAUCCUAUAGAAAUCACAGAUGAUGAAGAUGUGAUCGAAGAGGUGACGAUGAAGAAACGCAAGACUUUGAAUUUACGACCACAGAAAUCGUUCUCUCUUACGGAUGUCGGUUUGGGGGCGAACAAUUCGAUUGGAGUUGUGGAUAGAGCGGAUAGUGGGACACCGGUGGAGAAAUGUUUCAAAGCUUUACAAGCUCUUCAAAAGUCAAUCAGAAGUAAGAACAAAGCGGCUCCAGUGUUGGCGGAAGAGACUUUACAAAUGAUAGCUGCCACAAUGCCAUCUAAUCUCGGCAUGUUGAAAGAAAUAGAAGGGAUAACAUCUGCGCAUAUCAAAACGUACGGUACUCGAAUAUUAGGUAUCUGUAUUUCUCAUCGUGAACCCUCUCGUAUUGCUUUACCACCUUCAAGAUCAUCCAACCCUCCUCGUCCGUUGGCACAAACCAUUCAGAAUAUUCAAGCGUACGCAUAUAAUCCUACCGCUUCCACAAGCUCAAAAGCUCAAUCUGCCGCUUCGACUUCACGUCUCACACUUCCAGUAGGAAAGAGUGGCGGAUCGAAAUCGUCCUUGAGUGGUUUGGGCGAGACGAGUUUGGUAGGUAGACCAAAUGGGAUUAGGCCGGUGACGUUAGGUACGAAGAUGACUAAAAGACCUGCAUUCUGA